AAUGAUUUUAUUGGUUAGAAAAAUAAUAGUAAACAAAGAAACCGAUUACAAAAAAGUAACUUGAUAAAUGCAGGAUUUUAAUCGUUGUAACAAAGUUGCAGGCGUUUACUGGUUAAAGAAAGAUGUGAGAGAUUUACAAAUAAAAAUAAAACUAAAACCUCAAGAUGGUGUUUUAACUUUACCAAAGUUCGAAGACUGCACGAAAGGAAGUAACAUUUUAAAACUAGAGAACACUGCAGAAGAACAUUCAUUCAAAUGGCAAGAAAAAGUAUUCAGUUUGUGGGAAAUCCAACGUUACACAGACGUGCACAACUGUAUCACAGAAACAGAAUUAAAUUACCAUGAAGUUUUGGAAAGCGUACAGUAUAAACCUGCAAAGAUAUUCAGUUACAUCCAUGAUGAUUCUUACCUACCUUUGCCUGUUGAUUUAAAAAAAAGAAACAAUGGUCUGCUCAAUUUAGAGCAGUGUAUGGAGAAGUUGAAUUUAAAUGAUGGUUUAGAUAAAGUAUUUGGAUGUGACACAAUUUCUGCCACUGGCCUGUUUAGGAGUGAAGAAAAUAUUGCUUUAGAAGAGCAGGAAUGGACGGCUAUGCAUAUUAUGUUUGAUAAUUCUGAUUAUAAUGAAGAUUCCCAAUUGAUAUUCAAGCAAGAAGUAUCUCUCAUUUCUAUCUAUCACAACAAUGUACACAACUACCUGGUGAUGAUGCCAGACGUGAACAACCUCGACUUGAACCCGUACAUAGUGGAGACGUCAGCAGGCGUGCCAUGGGGAUAUCAGUACAGCAUUGAAAUAGAAUUUGAAGAUGAUGAUGCUGAGGAGAUACUGUUGGGACUGGAACGUACACGCCCCCAUAGCGAGGCGGAUCUUUUUCUUAAAACAGCGAAAAAGCCGUCUGUAUGCGCUUCCCUAACAAAACUCUACAAAAAAUGGGAGCGGAAACAAAAGCAUUUGUUAAACUUUGUAAUGCCACCUCCCGGCAAGAAGCAGUUCUUUGUAACACUAGAGAUUUUAACUGCUGCACAUUUUGAUAUGGACAACCUGUAUAUUGAGUUUGAUAUCAAGUUACCUGAAGAUAUACAGUGCCCUGACUCUCUUCAUGGAAAGACUCAUACAAGUGAGGGAGUUGUAGUGGAAGGAGAUAGAGAGUGGAGCUACGGGCAUAUCAUCGAGUUUUGUUUAGAAAUGAACACUGGCACAGAAUCAGCACCUAUCAAGGUAUUCCUAGAAGCCAUUUCAUCAGAUUGGUGGGGUCGUCACCGCACUGAAGGUUACUGCUACCUGCCGCUCACACUGGAUCCUGGGAGCUACUCCAAAGAUCUCGCCUGCAUCAGGCCUGAGGAGUUGGAUGCAGUUGAAGCUGAGAGCAGGCGUUUCUUUUUAGGAGGUUGCCACUUGAUCAAGGAUUUGAAUGUCCUGGCUGAACCGCAGUUAAAGGAUGCAAACUAUAAAUACACCACAACAGGAACUAUUAGUGUCCGAUGGAACAUCGUCUCUCAAGCUCAGGUCGGUGGUCUAGUUGCUCCACCUCCUCAACCGGGUACCAGUUCAGCAUCAGCGUUACUCUUGGGAGCUGAAGCUGCUCUAAAGAAGUAUAAGAAAGCCAGAGCGAGACUCGCAGAAGCUACAAAAGACCUUAGUGAUGUGAAGUAUGCUGCAGGCGAUGGAUAGAAGAUUCAGAAGAUCAU